UCGGGGGAGAGAACGAGGAAUCUAGGGUUCGGUUCCAUCUUAACCCCUCCCAGAUGCCUCUCCCAAAUCAACAGCCGGCGGCGGCGGCGGCGGCGGCGAUCGAGCACAUCUAUAAGCCGGAGGACACUUCAAGGUUCGAGCCACGGCUCAAGGUUGUAAAUCGGGAGAAAUCGGAGCUUCUCCAUAAGAUCCGCGACUCGUAUGAUCGUGCCCGCGAGCGGCUCGCCAAGGCGACGGCAUUCAAAGAGGAGAUCUUCCUCGGCGCCGGCCUCUCCUUUGGCCUUCUCGAUCCGACCACCAACAUCAUCUACAACACCCUCGUCGCCUCCAACCUCUGCGACGAGAAAAUCCAGGGUGUUCAGGACGGGAACAUAGCCGAGCGCUCCCUGGACGGCCUUGUCGCCUUCCUCACCUUCUUCUUCCGCUACCUCGCAAACUGGGAAGCCGUGCGCUACCUGCUCCUCGCCGAUGCGGACCUCGUCUACGCGAUGCGCCUCGUUGUGCAUGACCGGUGUAUCUCUCCCUUCAACUUGAACUCUGAUACCAGCAAGUCCGACGUACGCACUGCCCUCAUGUGCGCUGCGCUGGCCUCUAAGCACAUGGAUCCCCACCACCUCGUCCACACCUGGCUGUCGCCGAUUCGCCCUCUGCAAGAAGCCGUCCAGGUGAUCAACAAUGACAUCAAUAAAUUCAGCUGUGACCCGCUGCAUCAUGCUUGCUGGGGCCCUGUCAUGCAAAUGCAACCCCUUGAUUUCGCUUGGAAGCGCGCAUUUGAUCUCCCUCGGUUGCCAUCCACCACCGUGCAGUAUCGUCCUUAUCAGUCCAUGAAGUUUGUUCUCCUCGGGCUAAUCCACACCUUCUACCUGAAUGCACUUGCCCUCCUCCCGGCCGGUGAGCUCCGGUCUUGCUACCACCACAGCAUGCUCAAGGCUGGCCACUGCUAUGGCCCCUUCGACCCUGUCUCCAACAUCAUCAUCAACACUAUCUGGUAUAACACCGUCUCCCCGCCGAGCCAAAAACUUGAGCUUGAUAUGAUCAGUACCAUGAGUCUGUUACGCAUUGAGGCUCGCUCCUUCUAUGGCCUUGUUUCUUUCCUCUGCACUUCGGGCAAGAAACUCUAUGAAGCCAUGCGCUUCUUGCUCAUUUCUGAUUGCACUUUGGGAAAGACUCAGCCCUUUUCGAACCCUUUGUCUGACUUUGGGGAUGAAAACAAAAAUUUUCAUGCCUUCAGGGCUGCCGGUGUGGCUGCUUGGCACCCCGACCCUGUCGCGCAAGCAGAAUUUAUUUCCAAACGCAGUCAUACAUUAAUCCGUCAUAAGAUUAAUGCUCCACUCGACUCUGCUGAUGUUGACCGCAUCACCAGAAAGAUGUUUCAAGGACCUCCCACCCCUGGCAACUCACUGCAGCAUCAAUCCGAUCCCAUGCCCAAGCUAUAUAAAAUUCCGGAUGAGCAUACAAGAGUCUCUAAGAAAGUCAAAGCAGCGCUGGCCUCAUAUGCACUGGAGAACAGAGAAUCCACGUAUGAUCUUCAUGUUAUUUGUGGCGUCAACCAUAAUGUGUCUGGCCCUGAAUACUGUAUGGAUGUUGACAAACCCAUUUUCAUAUAUCAUCACAUUCAUGUUAAUUUUCUGGCAAGUCAAGGAGGUGGAGAUCCAAAACUCUUCUUCGCUGAACUUAGCAAUGACGAUGCAGAGGACGGAGGUCGGAAGGUCUUGUGUUGUCCUGUGAAUUUUCCCAAACCACGCCAAGAACAAAUCCGCUGCAUGUACUGUGAUUAUGAAGGGACUAAAAUUGUGCACCCGGCUAUGGAGGAAUUCCAAUUUAGAGGUCACGACCCAGAGUUUCAGAACAUGGCCUGUGGUAUAGAUCCCUACGAAGACGAACCGUGUCCAGAUGGUGUUACGCAGUUCUACACAAACUAUAGAAUCAUCAGCAUCUCGUGCGGGGCAUUAGAUAAUGUGGGAGCAGUGGACGAUGACUCUGAUGACGGCACUGAUGAGGAAGAUGACAGCGAUUAUAUUAGCGAAUCUGAAUCUGAGUAAGGUGGGUUUUGCUAGCGUUACCCACAAGCAGUUAGUUUCCAACCCGAUUGAAGAUAUUGGGACGUCGAGGUCCUACCCGUUAGUUUUCUACAUUGCUGUAGCCAUAGUUAAGAUAUUCCGAUGAGCGUGCCGUUUAGUUUGUUUAUUAUUGGAUGUGCUGAGAGUAUUCUGAAUGCAGAUGUUGCAAGUUCGUUCACCAUUAGCUAUAAUUUCACAAAGCAAGUUUAAUCUGUUUCAUGUUAAAUCGUCUGUCCGUUAUGAUGAGGAUGAUAAUAAUAAUAAUCCCACGAAAUUGAAUGUUCUACA